AGUAAGUGAGGGGCACAGUACAAAUGCGCAUCCAAGACCCCAGACAGAGGGUGCGAGGCCAGACGACAGCCAACCACCCAACCCACCCGCUACACCCGAGUCAGAAUGAUGAGUGGACACAAGGAAAGCGAACAGUUCGACUACAUCGUCGUCGGCUCCGGCUCGGCGGGCAGCGUCGUGGCCAGCCGCCUGACCGAGGACCCAGCCGUGCGGGUUCUCGUGCUCGAAGCCGGGCCGCCCGACGACGACGCCAACAUCCACCGGCCGUCGGGCUGGCCCGCCACCUUCAAAACAAGCCUCGACUGGGCCGUCGAGACGGUCCCGCAAAAGCACGCCGCGGGCCGGUCGCACUACCUCCCCCGCGGCAGGACGCUCGGCGGCAGCUCGUCGCUCAACGCCAUGAUCUACGUGCGCGGCGCCCGCGCCGACUACGACGCGUGGGCGUACCUGGGCAGCCCCGGCUGGUCGUACGACGAGGUGCUUCCGUACUUUAAAAAGUCCGAGGACCACGAGCUGGGGGCUAGUGAACAUCACGGCGCGGGCGGGCCGCUGCACGUCGCGGUGCUCAAGAACGUCAACCCCGUCUGCGCGGCCGCGGUCGAGGCAUGCAAGGAGAUUGGCCUGCCCUUCACCGACGACUGCAACGGCGACCAGAUGCUGGGCGCCAGCUACGUGCAGGCGACCGUCACGCCCGACGGGAGUCGCUGCAGCACCGCCCGCUGCUUCCUGCGCCCGGCCCUCGAGCGCGGCGGCAACCUCGCCGUCUACUCGGGCGCGCACGCGCACAGGGUGCUGUUCGAGGGCACGCGUGCCGUCGGCGUCCGCUACGACAAGGACGGCGCGAUGCACGACGCGUUCGCAUCGCGCGAGGUCAUCGUGUCGGCAGGCGCCAUCAAGUCGCCGCAGCUGCUGCAGCUGUCGGGAAUCGGCAACGCGGGGGACCUGCGCGCGCUCGGCAUCGACGUCGUGGCGGACCUGCCGGGCGUGGGCGAGAACCUGCAGGACCACGUGCUGGCCUCGGUGAUAUACGAGGGGAAACAAGCCAUCCCGCCGCCCGAGAACCAGAUGCUCGAGAGCCAGCUGUUCUGGAAGAGCGACCCCCGCCUGGUCGCGCCCGACCUGCAGCCGCUCUUCAUGCACAUCCCCUACUACCCUCCCUCGUUCGAGGGCCCUGCCAACGCAUACACGUUGUGCGCGGGCAUUGUGCGGCCCGCGAGCAGGGGGUCCGUGAAACUGGCGAGCGCCGACCCGGACGCGCCGCCGGCCGUCGACCCGAACUACCUGGCGCAGGCGGCCGACGUGGAGGCGCUGCUAGCGGCGGUCAAGCUGUGCCGCCAGGUCGGCGAGGCCGAGGCGCUGGCGGGCUGGCGCGCGCGCGAGGUGCUGCCGGGGCCCGAGGUGCAGACGGACGAGCAGCUGCGCGACUAUGUCCGGCGCGCCUGCGUGACGUACCACCACCAGGCCGGGACUUGCAAGAUGGGCGUCGACGCCAUGGCAGUUGUGGACCCGGAGCUGCGAGUGUACGGCGUGACGGGGCUGCGCGUGGUGGACGCGUCCAUCAUGCCGCUCGUCGUGUCGGGGAACACAAACGCUCCCAGCAUCAUGAUUGGGGAAAAGGGGGCAGACAUGAUUAAACAGAGCGCUGCGGGUGCUUAGGGGGUGGGGGUGAUACGACGGAGCUAUGCAGCGUGCGCGUAUGCUGUGAUACGAGAACUUUGAAAAGACAUGCCUUUUUGGCAGAUACAUCGGUAUUUCCAAAAGUCGCACCUUAUAUUUUUUCCAUUCCCGUCGUAGAACAGCGGUCGUGGCUCAUCUAUAGUAUAGAGUAAGAAAAUCCUCCUCCCAGUUUUAUACUAACCAGAGGAUAGAUAUUUUACACAAACUUGCUCUUCUCGACGACGUACAGAUCGACGUACUCGUCGACCGACAUGGACUCGAGCUUCUUGCCGUCCAUGCCGAGGUCGAUGAGGUUCUGCACCUUGUCGGCUGGGUAGUGGGCAUCGAGAUGGCGCUUGUAUUUGGCCAGGAUCUCGGGCUUGGCCUCCUCGCGGCGGAGGCGGUGUCCCAGGGGCGCCUCGACAACGAUCUCGUCCAGCACCGUGCCGUCCUCAAGCUCGACAGUCAGGGCGUUGGCGAUGGUGCGCUGGGCCGGGUCGUGGUAGUCGGCUGUGAACUUGGGGUCCUCGACACAGCGGAUCUUCUGGCGCAGCGACUCGACGAGGGGCGACGUGGCGGCCUCGGAGCCGUCGACGUAGUCGGUCGCCGUUAGACGACCGUAGACAAGCAUGACGGAGCACAUGUACUGGAUGCAGUGGUCGCGGUCGGCAAAGUUGUCCAUGGGCUUGAACUGCUUGUCGAUGAUGCGCACGCAGGCCUCGUGGGUGCGGCACGUGAUGGCCUUGAUGUCGGCGGCCGACUUGCCGCGGGCCUUGAGGAGGGCGUGGAUCUUUUCGCAGCACUCGAUGGCGGUCUGAGAGUGGAACUCGGCUAGAGUUAAAUGUUAGCGGGUGUAUAGAAUGGACAGGAGAAAGGAGCGGCCAGGCAACAUACCAGGAUACGACACCUUGAAAAGCACAUUCUCCAUGACGUAGCUGCCGUAGGGCCUCUGGAACUCAAACUUCU